AUGGAAACAAGCAAAGCUGAGGAGAAGAGGAGCUUCAAGUACAAGAUGGAGGAUGAGGAUGAAGAUGAGGAUGAUGAUGAAUAUUCCAAUACUGAAUUAGGAUCUGGAGAGGAAGAGAGAAAUAAGAGAAUGAUGACUCCCUCUCCCUCUACCAAGAAAGGUUCCGGUAGCGGAGGAGGGUCAACGCCGCCUACUUGCCAGGCUGAGGAUUGCAAUGUUGAUCUGAGUGAUGCCAAGCACUAUCACCGCCGCCACAAGGUGUGUGACUUUCAUGCCAAGGCUCCGGUAGUCAGCGUUGCCGGAAUCCAGCAAAGGUUUUGCCAACAAUGUAGCAGGUUCCAUCAGCUAACAGAGUUUGAUGAAUCUAAAAGGAGUUGUCGUAGACGUCUAGCUGGACAUAAUGAGAGGCGUCGGAAAAGCUCAUCUGAAUUUCAUAGAGAAGGCUCGCAUUGAUAAGGAUUAGUAAUUGGAGGAAGACUUACAAAGUGGGAGAAUUUAGAUUUCUCCCUUAAAAUUCCUUCCGAUCAUUUUAAGAUCUAUCGGUCAAAAAAAAAUCUACGCGGAUGCAUGCUCUCUCUCUUCUGUCAAUCCUUAAUUGGCUUUUCAUUAUGCACUAUUGCUCUUUAAUUUAUCUAAAACAUUAAAAUAAUUAUGCCUAAAAGCAUUUUGGCAUGUACCAUCCAAUUGUGGCUAAGUGGUAUUUGACUCAUUGUUAUAUAUAUAUAAAAGUCUACAUUGCUCAUAUAUAUUGACUUUCCUUUAAUGUUUUUCCCCCCUAAAG